UCCCGGCGGCCUCCGCGGCGCGCAUGCGUGGGGCGGGGCGGCGCAGGGCGGCCUUGCUGUGGGGAAGGUUGGCGCUGCGCGGCCCCUUGUUCGCCCCCUGAGAGCUGCGACUCCGGGACCAUGAGCAGCUCCGAGGAGGUUUCGUGGAUCUCCUGGUUCUGCGGCCUCCGCGGCAACGAGUUCUUCUGCGAGGUGGAUGAGGACUACAUCCAGGACAAGUUCAACCUGACGGGGCUCAACGAGCAAGUGCCGCACUACCGCCAGGCACUCGACAUGAUACUCGACCUGGAGCCAGAUGAGGAGCUGGAGGACAACCCCAACCAGAGCGACCUCAUCGAGCAGGCAGCUGAGAUGCUCUAUGGCCUCAUCCACGCGCGCUACAUCCUCACCAACCGUGGCAUCGCCCAGAUGCUGGAGAAGUACCAGCAGGGUGACUUUGGCUACUGCCCCCGUGUCUACUGCGAGAACCAGCCCAUGCUGCCCAUCGGGCUCUCGGACAUCCCCGGGGAGGCGAUGGUGAAGCUCUACUGCCCCAAGUGCAUGGACGUCUACACGCCCAAGUCCUCGCGGCACCACCACACUGACGGCGCCUACUUCGGCACCGGCUUCCCCCACAUGCUCUUCAUGGUGCACCCCGAGUACCGGCCGAAGCGGCCCGCCAACCAGUUCGUGCCCAGGCUGUAUGGUUUCAAGAUCCACCCCAUGGCGUACCAGCUGCAGCUCCAGGCCGCCAGCAACUUCAAGAGCCCGGUGAAAACUAUCCGCUGAGCCCACCGGCCUGGACACCUGGGUCCCUCCUCUGCCUGCCCUUCUCCCCCAAGCACAAGGAAUCGCUCCUGCCUCAUCUGCCCUUUCUUUUCCUGUCGCGUCUUUUGGGCCGGGUCCCCCACCUCGGGGCAGGUCUGAGGCCUUCUCCCAAUCCCACAUGACGUUUAAAUUAAUCUGUUUUUGGUUGAUUUUUCUCAAACUUAAACUACAAAAUGAAACAAAAAAUCGGAAAAACACAGCCCCAACGUGA